AAUAGCAGAAAUAUUCUCAUAAUAGGGUUGCCGUAUUUUCCUCUCCUCUCCAAACUGCCUCACUGGCUCGAAUUUCGCAGAAAAGAAACAAUAUGGGAAUCACUUCAGUUCUCUGGCUGUUCUUCAUCGUAGGUUCAAUUUCUCUUUCAUCCUCCGUUGUCUCCGCGAAUGAACUCUCUCUAGAUGUUGCUCAGUCUACCACAUUGCAAAUAUCUCUAAGGUUGCCAGUGGAAAAAUCUCCUGGUUCCAAGCAUGGUGCUAUUGUGCUAUGUGAAAGAGUUUUAAUCCAUGGUUUGUCAAGACUUAAAAAUCUUAGAAAGUUUGCACAUUCAGUAAAAGUGAAUGUUUCUAGUGUAAGUUCAAGUGCCCGUCUACUGAAUGUUGAGGUCUGUUUCCAUAGGAACUUCUCUCUCGGAAUAGGGAUGUGCCCUCAAGGGCAGUGGGAGAAACUUGUUAAGGGUUCAUGGGUUCGUUCCAUGUCACCUUUUGACCACAAGCUCUUAGAUGUACGGAUGAUUGGUUCUUCCUUAGAAAUCCUUCAGGUGUCCCUCACAGAAGAAUUUUUCUCAUAUCGCAUUAUAUUUUUGGUCUUGGGGAUUAUUAUCAUGACAUUGGCCUCUUCUCUGAGCAACUCUUUAGUCUUCUACUACAGCAGUGCGAUGGCCGUUGGGAUCAUCCUUGUGAUAUUGGUGGUCCUUUUUCAGGGGAUGAAGCUUCUCCCAACAGGUCGAAAGAAUUCAGUUGCAAUUUUUGUGUACUCAUCUAUUGUUGGGUUGGGUUCUUUUCUCCUCCGCUACUUGCCAAGAUUAUUGCGUUCAGUUCUUACAGAGAUGGGAAUCAGCGAAGACAUGUAUAAUCCUCUGGCAAUGUUUCUGUUGGUUUUUCUUGUCCUAGCAGGAGCUUGGUUGGGUUUCUGGGUCGUUCGCAAACUUGUCUUGACAGAGGAUGGAUUGAUUGACAUAGGCGUAUCCCAAUUUGUUGCAUGGUCCAUCCGGAUUAUUGCUUCUGUUAUGAUUCUUCAGAGUUCCGUGGACCCUUUACUGGCAGCAGAGGCAUUGUUGUGUGGAGUAGUGGUUUCAUUGCUGUUUAGGAGAAUUACCAGAUCAAGAUUUAUACGUCACUUGUACAAGAAUUUACGCAGAACAAUCAAGCAUGGUCACAGAUAUCAGAUUCCAGGUUCAUCGCCUUCGAAAGAUUCUUAUGAUGAAUAUGUACACAAUAUUCGGAAGCCCGACAACUCUGACUUCCUGAAGCCAAGAUCCAGACACUUCACAAAGGCUCCUUCUAAUAGUCCCAUCCAAGGCUUAAUCAGAACACCACCAAGUCAACUGUCGGAUUCAGAGACUCACUAUUCUAGCUUCCAUAAGACCCCUGAACGAAGAAAAUUCUCGAAGGAUGAGUGGGAAAAAUUCACCAAGGACUCCACCAAGAAAGCACUUGAGGAACUUGUUUCGUCUCCUGAUUUCAGCAAGUGGGCUGUUGUUAAUGCCGAAAGAAUAACCUUGACUCCUAAAAAAGACACUCCUGAUCAGCCUCGUAAGUGGAUUCCUUGGUUUUGAGCAUUUAACGCGGUUUUAUCUAAUUCAGUGCUGUGCAGAUGAACUGUGCCACAGUUUUUCAUGGUCGAGAUCAGCUUUUGAAAUAUUGCGCAACCCAAAUCAUGGGUGGGAAUGAGAAUGGAUGGAUUGUUGUAAAAUAGUUAGCACCGGCAAGGGACAUGAUUAGUGUCAUUUAAUCCCCUAAAAACUUGGAUUUAUUUUAGAAGGCAGACCAUUUUGGUAACUUAGAAGGCAUAUGUACAAGUACAUUGAUAACCAUUUGAUUGAGGUUUUAGGGUUGUAUGUUUUCUACUUGUGUCAUGUGGCUGGCUAUACGGGCCUAGAAAAAUCAUUCAUUAUUAUUGUCCCGAUUUGAAAUAUGUAGACAAGAUAUAUUCCAUAUAUGACUUACAGAAUACUAAUUUUAAAUCUAAAUCAUAUAUUUUAUUUUUGUGGUAAAA